AUGUGGACAGCCGUGGCCCUCGUGGCCAGCUACCUGGUGGGAUCCGUCCACUGCGCCGCGUCACAGGCCUAUACCUGGAAGAAUGUCCUCACUGGGGGCGGCGGAGGAUUCACCCCGGGGAUUGUGUUCAAUCCAUCGGCGAAGGGCGUCGCGUAUGCUCGCACCGAUAUUGGCGGCGCGUACCGUCUGAACUCGGAUGACACCUGGACCCCGUUGAUGGAUUGGGUGAACAACACCAACUGGCAUGACUGGGGCAUCGAUGCGAUCGCCACCGACCCCGUCGACCCCGACCGUGUGUACGUUGCCGUGGGCAUGUACACGAUCGACUGGGAUCCCAACGAUGGGUCGAUUCUUCGCUCCACCGACCAGGGCGAUACCUGGGCGGAGACGGUGCUGCCGUUCAAGGUCGGCGGGAACAUGCCUGGCCGUGGUGUUGGGGAGCGACUGGCCGUGGAUCCGAACGACAACAGCAUUCUCUACUUCGGAGCCAGAAGUGGCCACGGUCUGUGGAAGAGCACCGACUACGGCGAGACCUGGGCGAAUGUGACGUCCUUCACCUGGACGGGUACCUACGUUGAAGAUGCGAGCUUAGAAUACACCGAUGAUCCGGUGGGGAUUGCGUGGGUGACGUUCGACUCGACAUCCGGCAGCGCAGGCUCUGCGACGCCUCGAAUCUUCGUUGGCGUGGUGGACACCGGAGAGUCUGUCUUUGUCUCCGAAGAUGCUGGCGAAACCUGGGCCUGGGUGUCCGGAGAGCCCCUGUACGGCUUCCUCCCCCACAAGGGCGUGCUCUCCCCGGCCGAGCAGACGCUGUACAUCUCCUACUCCAACGGCGCCGGCCCCUACGACGGCACCAACGGCACGGUGCACAAGUACAACAUCUCCACCGGAGUCUGGACCGACAUCAGCCCGACGUCCAUGGCGUCGACCUACUACGGCUACGGCGGCCUGUCAGUCGACCUCCAAGUGCCCGGUACCGUGAUGGUGGCAGCCCUAAACUGCUGGUGGCCCGACGAGAUCAUCUUCCGCAGCCUCGACUCCGGGGCGACCUGGUCGCCCAUCUGGGCCUGGAACGGCUACCCCAGCAUCGACGACUACUACACGUACGACAUCUCCACCGCGCCGUGGCUGCAGGACGACACCUCGACCAGCGAGUUCCCCGUGCGCGUCGGCUGGAUGGUCGAAGCCCUGGCCAUCGACCCCUUCGACUCCAACCACUGGCUGUACGGCACGGGGGAGACCAUCUACGGCGGCCACGACCUGCUCAACUGGGACACCACCCGCAACAUCACGCUGGAGUCCCUGGCCGUCGGGGUCGAAGAGAUGGCCGUGCUCGGCCUGAUCACCCCGCCCGGGGGACCCGCCCUCCUGUCCGCCGUCGGCGACGACGGCGGCUUCUACCACGCCUCGCUCGACACCGCCCCCUCCCAGGCCUUCCACACCCCAACGUACGGCACGACCAACGGCAUCGACUACGCCGGCAACAGCCCCGGGAACAUCGUGCGCUCCGGCGCCAGCAGCGACCUCCCCACGGUGGCCCUGUCCUCCAGCUUCGGCGCCUCCUGGUACGCCGACUACGCGGCCUCCUCCAGCACCGGCACCGGCCAAGUCGCAUACUCGGCCAACGCGGACACGAUCCUCCUGAUGAACUCCGACGGGGCCUUCCGGUCCCAAUCCUCCAGCACCUUCGCCUCCAUCCCCUCCCUCCCCUCCGGCGCCGUCAUCGCCUCCGACAAGGCCAACAACAGCUACUUCUACGGCGGCGCCGCCUCCGCCAUCUACGUCUCCGGCAACACCGCCUCCUCCUUCUCCAAAACCACCACCCUCGGCUCCAGCACCACCAUCAACGCCCUCCGCGCCCACCCCUCCCUCGCCGGCGACCUCUGGGCCUCCACCGACACCGGCCUCUUCCACUCCACCGACUUUGGCGCCUCCUUCGUCCCGAUCGCCGGCGGAUGUACCGCGGGCUGGAGCUUCGGGUUCGGAAAGCCCUCCGCGACGGGCGAAUAUCCCGUCCUCUUUGGCUUCUUUACGGUUGACGGUGUCACGGCGCUGUUCAAGACGGAGGACCAGGGCGUGAAUUGGCAGGCUAUCUCGGAUGCGAAUCAUGGGUUUGGUGCUGUCGAUGCGAAUGUCGUUAAUGGUGACUUGCAGAACUAUGGCCGUGUGUUUGUGGGUACCAAUGGCAGGGGCAUCUUUUAUGGGGACCCGAGUGGGGGGUUGCCCUCUGCUACGGCUACGGCUUCGGCUUCGGCUUCGGCUUCUUCGGCGUCGAAAACGGGGGCUAGUGCGAGUGUGACUGGUUCGAGUUCGAGCAGUACGGGUGGAACGACGUCGACUACCUUGGUCACGACUACCAGCUCGACGUCAUCCACGUCGUCGAGCACUACUAAGACUACGACGACGAGUACGACGUCGUCUGCGACGGCAACCGGAUCUAGCACCGCGUAUGGCCAGUGUGGUGGGGAUGGGUAUUCGGGACCAACGGUGUGUCCGAGUGGGUAUACGUGCACGUACGAGAAUGAGUUUUACUCGCAGUGCUUGGAGGGUUGA